GGCCUGUGGAUGUCUGGAAGAAAGGGAUCUACCUCAAUUCUUUCUGCAAGAGUUUGGAUUGAGUUUUAAAUGCAUCGUUCCUACUGACCCGGACUGCCGAAGGAUUGCAAUGCUCCUCCAUUCCUCUCAUUUCCAUAGCUUUGUAUUGAAAUUAUCAAACCAUCCACGAUGGAAUGACCCCAAAGACCAGCGAUUGUCCCCUUGCACACUAUCGUCUUUCCUGCUGUAUUGGGUGCUGCUGGCAGUGUUGACUCUUCCUCGCUCUGUACAUUGUAGAACAUACAAGCUCGGGGUGGUCGGACCUUGGGCGUGUGACCCUCUUUUUGCCAAAGCUCUCCCGAAGGCUGCCGCUCAGCUUGCCGUUGAUCGGAUCAGAAAGGACUCCUCUCUGGACCUUGGCACUCGCUUCGAUUAUGUGAUACUGAAUGAAGACUGCCAAACCUCCAAGGCUUUGUCUGCUUUCCUUCGCUUUUCAGAACUUGCUACUGGGUUUGUCGGCCCUACAAACUCAGGCUACUGCGACGCCGCUUCCUUUCUGGGCAAGAACUGGGACAGGGUCAUCUUCUCGUGGGCUUGUGUAAACCACGAGCUGGAUGAUACCUCCAGUCACCCCACCUUCGUGAGGACCUUGCCCUCGCCCACAAGAGUGCUCCUCAGUGUGAUGAAGUACUUCCGAUGGGCCCACGUCGCCAUCAUCUCCUCCGACCAGGACAUUUGGGUAGACACGGCCGGCAAGCUGGCCGCUGCCCUCAGGAGCCAGGGCCUGCCUGUGGGAGCCGUGCUGUCGAUGGGCAGGGAGCCCAAGACUGUCAGGCAAGCUCUGAGGAAAAUAAGGGAAGUUGACAAACUUCGCAUAAUAAUCAUGUGCAUGCACUCGGUGCUGAUCGGAGGCGAGGAGCAGGGACAGCUGCUGGAGGCCGCCCAUGACCUACAGAUGACAGAAGGAGGCAUCGUGUUUGUGCCCUAUGAUGCUCUGCUCUACAGCCUCCCCUACAAGAACACCCCUUACCCCGUGCUCGUCAACAACUCCAAGCUACAGAAGGCUUACGAUGCAGUGCUGACCAUCACCAUGGAUUCCAAGCAGCUGUCCUUCCGCCAGGCAUUGCAGGAGAGCGUGCGAAGGCGAGAACUUGAAACAUCAAUAAAACCCGAGCAGGUGUCACCGCUGUUUGGGACGAUCUACAACGCAGUCUAUUUAGUUGCCAAAGCUCUGGAUAACAACAGGAAACACAGAGCCUGGAGCUCGGGCGCCAACAUCGCCAAGUACUCCAGAAAUGUGGAGUUUAACGGCUUCAACCAGCGCAUCUGGACGGACAGGCAGGGGCUCGUGCACAGCGAUUACGUCAUCCUGGACAUGGACGGCAACGGGAACGAGCUGCACUGCAGCCACGUCCUGGACCUGGGGGCUGACCUGAUGCGGUUCACGGGCAGAGCCAUCCAUUACCCCAACGGAGACGCACCCCGGUCAGACCCCGCCUGCUGGUUUAACCGCGGGAGGAUCUGCAACGGAGGAGUUGAUCCACUGAUGGUUUUAGCUGUGUCUCUCGGGAUCGUACUUGGUGCCCUCAUCAGCAUAGUGCUCGCUUAUUUCAUAAGGCGCCGAGUAAUUCAACUGCGAUUGGUCAGAGGCCCGAACAAGAUCCUACUGACCAUGGACGAUGUGACAUUCAUAAACCCUCAACUCAGCAAAAAGGUUUACAGUCGGAUCGGUGACGGGAGAAUGAGCUUCUCUGAGGCCAGGAGCGCGAAGUCUGCCGCGCUAUCGUCGUCACUGAAAAGCUUGACCCCCGCCACUUACGAGAACUCCAAUGUAGCGAUUUACGAGGGGGACUGGGUUUGGCUAAAAAAGUUCCCUUACGGAGAUUUCAGAAGAAUCAAGCCAGGCACGACGGCGGUGUUUGAGUUGAUGAAGGAUCUGCGGCAAGAGAAUGUGAACCUUUUUCUCGGCUUCUUCUAUGACUGCGGGCUGCUGGCCAUCGUGACAGAGUUCUGCACCCGCGGGAGCCUCCAGGACCUUCUGAGCAACCAGGACGUGAAGCUGGACUGGAUGUUCAAGUCGUCACUUCUGCUGGAUCUGAUCAAGGGCAUGAAGUAUUUACACCAUCGAGAUUACGUGCACGGGCGGCUGAAGUCACGGAACUGCGUGGUGGACGGUCGCUUCGUGCUCAAAGUGACGGACUACGGAUACAUGGAGGUGGUGGAGGCUCAGCGGGUCCCACUGGCGGAGCCGAAAGUAGAAGACUUCCUAUGGACGGCCCCCGAGAUCCUGCAAACUGAAUCCUUUCACAACGGCACCAAGAAGGGCGACGUGUACAGCUUCUCCAUAAUCAUGCAGGAGGUGGUGGUCCGUGGACCCCCGUACUGCAUGUUCGAUCUCACAGUUGAAGAUAUUAUUCAGAAGGUAAAGAAGCCGCCUCCUGUGUUCCGACCGAACAUUAACCCGGAUCACGCUCCCCCCGAGUGCAUUCAGCUGAUGAGACAUUGCUGGACCGAGGUGCCUGAGAGGAGAUACAACUUCGAGGAGAUCUUUGACCAGUUCAAAAACAUCAACAAGGGUAAAACCAACAUCAUUGACUCCAUGCUGAGGAUGCUGGAGCAGUACUCCAGCAACUUGGAGGACCUGAUCAGGGAGAGGACCGAGGAGUUAGAGAUCGAGAAACAGAAAACAGAGAAGCUGCUAACACAGAUGUUACCUCAGUCGGUGUCGGAGUCGCUGAAACUGGGCAACACAGUGGAGCCCGAGCACUUUGACCAGGUCUCCCUGUACUUCAGCGAUAUCGUUGGCUUCACCACGAUAUCGGCCAACAGCGAGCCUAUUGAGGUGGUCGACCUCCUGAACGACCUCUACACGCUGUUUGACGCAGUGCUGGACAAUCACGAUGUCUACAAGGUGGAGACGAUCGGAGAUGCGUACAUGGUGGCCUCCGGGCUCCCGACGAGGAACGGCAACCGGCACACGGCCGAGAUCGCAAACAUGUCGCUGGACAUCCUGAGCGCAGUGGGUACCUUUAAAAUGAGACAUAUGCCAGAUGUGCCAGUCAGAAUCCGCAUAGGUCUGCACUCAGGACCAUGUGUCGCGGGGGUGGUGGGGCUGACCAUGCCUCGGUACUGUCUGUUUGGGGACACAGUGACAACGGCUUCCCGUAUGGAAUCCUCCGGCUUCCCUUACCGCAUUCAAGUCAACCAAAGUACUGUUAAGAUACUUCAAGAUCUGAAUGAAGGAUACAGGCUUCAGUUGAGAGGCAGGGCGGAGCUCAAAGGUAAAGCAAUAGAAGAAACGUAUUGGCUUGUAGGCAAAGAUGGUUUCACCAAACCUUUACCGGUUCCUCCACAAUAUAAGCCGGGGCAAACUGCUCAUGGUCUGCAGUUGGAAGAGAUGGCACCGUACAGAAAAAAAAGAGCGCAAAAGCUUCAAAAAGGAAAAAACGAGCCCUGAAGGCACAAAGAAGUUUCAGUUCAAGAAGACAGUGAAGAAGAUCGCACAAGUCAAGCAGGUCCUCUCAUACCUCCCAACCACGGAGCAUGUGGGCAGAUGCCCAGAUGGCGACCCAAAUCCCCUGCUAAGGAGAUAAUGAAGUGGCUAAGAAGGACAUUGCAGAAGGUUAUUUCCUUUAAAGACAUUACAGCCGUCGAGGUGGAUUACCAAAGCCCAUCCCCAGGAAGGAGCUUGUGUGUCACUUGUAAUUACCAAAGGACAUCCAGGGUAGAACGUUAGCCGCUGUCCCAAAAGGACGUUCCUUUUAAAACACAGUCUCGCUGCACUAAAUAAGGAGUUUCUAACUCUACAAACACACGCACCCCACCCACUCGCGCGCCCACAAAAAGACUGUUUUUAUGUAUUAAUUACAAAGACUUUCUAAUCCUAGUAAUUUAAACUUCAGAACCCUCCACAUCCUCCCU